AAUGAACCGCCGUAAAGCGUGCACGUGUUAUUUAUCAUAGAACAAUACGAUAUACGAUUUUAUCGCAGUGAUGACUCGUCCAAAAAUCGCGUGAUUUUUUUUAUUCUAGACUUGCUAUUAAUGUGAUAUUCAAUUGCUACCGAGAACCAGAAUCGGUGUGAUAAGUUGAAAUUACGCGUAGUUAAGUGCUGUUAUUUAUCAUAGUUUAAAAUGAAAUAAAUAUGCACAUACACAUUGCGAUCUAUAAAAUAAUUAAAAAGGACAUAAAGUGUUAAAUUUAUAUAGAGUAGGUUACAGAAUAUCAAAAUAAAUAAUAAAGUGCUAUUUUUAUUUAGUGUCGUUUUAAAAAUAAUCUGAUAACUAUCCAAAAAUAAUUGUUUCUUAAAUUAUAAGCAAAUGAACACGCGCCUUUAAAUAUAGGGUUGGCACAAAUCAACUUGACACAUAGGGUUGCCACAAAAAUGUGUUUAACACGGACUCAGAGCGUCAGGUGACGAUGUCGUCUUGGACCAAGGAAUUAGACGACGCUACCAUACUGGCCACCAGGUCGGGAUGGUGGCAUAUACUGCUGUUCUAUCUACUUUGUGGACUGGCGGCUAUACCCACGUCGUUCUUAGUUUUCUCACAGGUGUUCACAAACGCAUCUCCAGAACACUGGUGUGCACCUCCUCCUGAACUUAAGGUCCUGAACCUAGAAGACCAGCUCUACCGCAACCUGACGGUACCAGGCAAACAUGGCGUGUAUGAAACCUGUUCAGCGUAUAACGUCGAUUCGGAAGAGUUCUAUACAGUUCUUCAUAGACUUAUUGACAGAUCAAAGCCAUCAAACACGACGCAUUACAAAGAAAAACCUGAAACAAUACCGGUAUCAAUAAUCAAAGAAGCGAUAUUAUCUGUACGAAGUGAAGAGCCGAAACCAUGUCGCCAUGGCUGGACUUUCAGUUCAGAAUUAUAUAAAAGGACCUUAGUUACUGAGUAUCUCCUGGUAUGCGACAAAGACUGGUUACCAAGGACAAGCAACUCGUUGUUUUGGGUUGGUUCCAUAUUUGGAAAUCUGUUUUUUGGCUGGAUGUCUGACAGAUAUGGCCGUCGCCCAACCAUCUUGCUCAUGAUCUUUCUAGAAGUUCCCAUUUCCAUAGCAACAUCAUUCUCGGGAAACUACUGGAUAUACAGCGGUCUAAGAAUACUUUGUGGGCUGUUUUUUCCAGCGUUAUAUCAGUUACCAUUCAUUUUGGCUUUAGAAUUGAUGCCACCAGCUAAAAGGACGAAUGCCGGUAUUGUAGUAGGAAUGCUGUUUGCAACCGGCAUGUGCUUAUUGGCUGCUGUGGCAUAUGCAAUUCGAGACUGGUUCCAUCUAUCUUUGGCUACAAGUUUACCAUUUGUGUUGUUAUAUGGAUAUUUUUGGAUAUUACCAGAAUCUCCUAGGUGGUUAGUUGGAAGAGGCAGAAUAGCGGAUGCAGAAAGAGUAUUCAUAAAUAUUGCAAAGAAAAAUGGCAUUUCAUUGCCACGUGGUUUUCUUAUAACACUUCAUAAAAAAGUGAAAGACGAAGAAAUGCAAGAAGACCGUUUAUUAAUCGUUCCAAAUGGUAAUACAGUUAAUAGUGAUAGACGAAUAAGCAACAUGAUUACAUUUAAGCCUGAUUUUAUCAAAGUAACUGAUGCAAGUGAAGAUAAUGAAGCUCAUAUAAUAUUAAACCUAAAUAACGACGUAAACGAUAAAGAGGACUUGAGUAAUGUAAGAGUAAAUGAAUCUCAAAUGUAUGAAUCAAAUAGAGACAUAAAUCAGGAACAGACAUUAAAAGUACCAAUGAGUACCCUAAGAAGGAAAUCAAUACAAAUAGUUAAUAGACUUUUGAGUCACGAAGAUGAUGAAGAUAUUUUAGCUAGUAAAAUAAUAGAUGAUCAAAAUUCAGAGGGUGAUUGUGAAGCAUCACCUAUGGAUGUUUUCAGAUAUCCGAAUAUAAGGAAAAAGUUCUUUAUAUUAACGUUCAAUUGGGUAUCUUUGGGAAUAGCAUAUAAUAGUUUAAGUUAUAAUACACCCAAUUUGGGAGUCAAUGAUUAUUUGGCAUUUUUCAUUGGUGGUGCAGUUGAAUUACCCUCAUACUUUAUAGCUUGGCGAUGUAUAGAAAGAUAUGGCCGGCGUUGGGUAUUCUUCAGUUUUAUGACCAUCGGUGGAUUUGCUUGCCUUUGCUGCGCUUUAGUAUCUGAAGAAUGGCCCUGGAUAACGGUGUCCCUCGCGAUGCUGGGAAGAUUAUCAGCAGCUGCGUCUUUCGCAGUAUUCUACGUGCAGAUCGGGGAGUUGCUGCCGACAGUGCUGCGAGCGCAGGCCAUGGGCGCUGCUUCAUUCAUAUCUGGUAUUGGCCUACUUGCCUGCCCAUAUAUUGUCUAUUUGGCAGUCAUCUUCAGGUCUCUGCCUCUAAUCAUCAUUGGAGUGCUAAGUCUGCUGGCUGGUUUCGCUUCCCUCUUCCUCCCGGAGACCCUGAAUCGACCUUUACCUCAAACACUGGGCGAUGGUGAACUCUUCGGACGGAACUUCAAAAUAUUUAGCUGCGUCCCACCAAGCGACGAUGAAUCUUAGAAUAAAUGGUUUUUUGUUUAAUCAAUUAACAACCCGCCCUGGCAGGUAUGAUUUGAUGCAGUGGCGUAGCUAGGGGGACAAGGGCCCUGGUGCAUAGGGAAAGAAUCGGGCCCUCCUCCCCUCUUUCCGCUUUCCUCCCCUCUUUCAAAGGUGAGGUUGGAGGGCCCCCUGAGCUCCGAAGCCAUGGUGCACUGCACCACCUGGCCCUAUGAUAACUACGCCACUGAUUUGAUCACACUGAUUGAAUCACUCUAUUUGAAAAGGUUCUCAUCAAAAGUAAUAUGAACUAAGUUAUACCCAAUCCUGAUAAUUUUAAACUUUCUGUAGGAUUGCCAGCUUAGGAGAUGCAUUAUGAAAGCCUUUCUUCAAGUCGGUCGUGGAAGAAGGGUGACAACCACACAAACUUCACUUUUAAACUCUAAUUUCAAAUUUUAAUCUCUACUAAUCCCCAAUACACAAAAAAAUAAAAUGGCGUCUCAAUUUACUAUAAUAAAUAUAAUAGUUAAAAAUUCACAAGUCAAACCAUUAUUUAAUAUA